AUGGCUCAACCAGACUGGCUGGAAUAUGGCGUGCCCACGCUGGACCGUCCCUUCGGCAUCGCCCUCUGGCCCAUCUUCUCCGAGGCCUUUGAGACGCUGCGCGGCUACUCGCCUGAAGAGUUCCGUUUCGUGCCUGGCAAGACCCCCAUGGCGACCAUGGCGGAGACGGCGCUGUUCCUCAUUUCAUACUAUGUCAUCAUCUUUGGCGGACGCGAGUUCAUGAAGGAUAAGCAGCCGCUGAAGCUGAACGGGUUGUUCAAGAUUCACAACUUUUACUUGACGGCCAUUAGCGGCGUGUUGCUGCUCUUGUUCUUGGAGCAGUUGAUUCCGACUUUGACGAGGAAUGGAGUGUUUUAUGCCAUUUGUCACUACAAUGGUGGUUGGACGCAGCCAUUGGUGGUGCUGUACUACUUGAACUACCUCACCAAAUACCUCGAACUCCUCGAUACCGUCUUCCUUUUCCUGAAGAAGAAGCCCCUCACCUUCUUGCACACCUACCACCACGGCGCGACUGCUCUUCUUUGCUACACCCAGCUCUUGGGCCACACCGCGGUGUCAUGGGUUCCAAUAACCCUCAACUUGACCGUCCACGUCGUCAUGUACUGGUACUACUUCCAGUCUGCGCGCGGCAUCAAGAUCUGGUGGAAGAAGUACAUCACCAUGCUCCAGAUCAUCCAGUUCGUCAUUGACCUCGGCUUCAUCUACUUCGCGUCCUACACCUACUUCAGCGCCCGCUACUUCCCCUGGCUCCCAACCGCCGGCAUCUGCGCCGGUGAGGAAUUCGCCGCAUUCGCCGGCAUGGGCAUCAUCACCUCAUACCUCUUCCUCUUCAUCGGAUUCUACAUUUCGACCUACAAGAAGCCAGUCAAGAAGGGUAGAGGCCGCGCGACUUCGGCUCUCGUGGAAAUGAAGGAUGAGCAGGUGCCAGAUGUAAGGGAGGUUAGGAGACGACUGAGCGGUACUGCAGACACCGGCUUGAACGGCUACAGCACUGGCAAAGACAGCGGCAAUACCCCCAAUGGCCGAGUCACGCGGUCGCGCAAGGCUUAG